CUUUUAAUAAGUGAGAUAAGUCACUCAAUUACAUUGAAUUGAUUAUGUGUACAUAUGAUUGUACAAUAUAUUGUACGUCAAAGGCGUUCGUGAUUGCCUGGGAGUGUUUUGCGCCCGAUAGCUGAGCUCGACCGGUUGUUUAUGUAUUAUUAGAGAAUUAAGUCAACAAAAUAAAUAAAAUAGUGUUUACAUCCGCUCAAUAAUGGACUCGGAAUUUUGGAAGAUCGUUCAAAACAUCAUUCCAGCCACUUACGCGAAACAAGCGUCCGAUGCAAUUCGCGCCAGGGAAAACACGAUUCGGACGUUUUUCCAGCAUCUAUUGCUUUGAAUUGCUAAUUUUUUGCUGCAUGAUUUCUUCUGGCUUCUCUCUUUACUUUCAUUACAAUUCUUUUACUACUAACAACUUACAUCAAGGGCUAUGGAUCUAGAUAUAUUGCGAUUACAGAAAAAGCUACCGGAGGAAGGAUGGGAAGACAAUUUGAUAGAAAUGGUCCUCAACAGACUAUCAUUAAUGGAUAGCAAUAAUUUUCAUGGAAAUUGCAGUCUUGGAGAAAGAGAAGCAAGAUUUGCAUCAGCAUUGGUGGCAAAACGUCACUACAAUUUUGGUCAUGGUGUUGGUCGUUCCGGCGAUCUCACCGAACCUCAGCCGAAAGCUGCAGGUUCAAGUCUCAUUUACAAUCUCACCAACUGUCUCCUUCAAGAUAUUUUCAAGAUCAUGGGCAUGGAAGUUCCAAUCCGAUGCUUUUUAGUACCAGUGGCGACUGGAAUGAGUUUGGUUCUCAGCAUGUUGUCAUUGCGUACCAUCCGCCCCAAUGCAAAAUACGUCAUAUGGUCGCGAAUCGACCAAAAAUCAUGCUUCAAAAGCAUUUUAACCGCAGGUUUCAUACCAGUCAUCAUAGAUAUGGUGGUUAACGGUGACCAACUUGAGACAAACAUAGUUGAAAUCGAGAAGAAGGUGAAAGAAUUGAAGAAAGACGAUAUUCUUUGUGUGAUGACCACAACAUCAUGUUUUGCGCCCCGUGCAUGUGACAACAUCGAACAAGUCGCAAAAAUCUGCCGCACGCAUGAAAUUCCACAUCUUAUUAAUAACGCGUAUGGUCUACAAAGUCGAUACAUCAUGCAACGCAUUCAAAAGGCGCAAAGUGUUGGACGCGUUGAUAUUUUCGUACAAAGUACCGAUAAAAACUUUAUGGUACCAGUCGGUGGCGCUGUAGUCGCUACAUUUGAUUCAUUUAUUAUGGAAAACGUCGCUAAAUUGUACCCGGGUCGUGCAUCUUCUAGUCCGAUACUAGACGUGUUUAUAACUUUAUUGAGUCUCGGCAAAGAAGGAUAUUUGAAGUUGGUUGAACAACGCGAAGAAUCACACGCUAUGCUCGUUGAAGAGUUGAAAACAUUUGCAGACCAGCAUGAAGAACGUGUGCUUAUAAACGAAGAUAAUCCUAUUUCAAUCGCGUUGAGUUUGACGAAAAUCCCAAAAGAACAUUUAACACGUUUGGGAUCCAUGUUAUUUAUUCGUAACAUCAGCGGUACACGGGUUGUUAGUUUGGAUGGAUUCAAAACUAUUGCGCAAUAUCACUUCAAAAAUUGGGGAUCGCACACUUCGAACUUCGAGACGCCAUAUUUAACUGUCGCUGCUUCCAUUGGUAUAGAAGAUGGCGACAUUGAAGUGUUUAUCAAGAAACUUGAAAAGGCAAUGAACAAAAACGCAAAACUCUGCGAUACAAUCACCGAGGAGUUAAGCGGUGAUAAAAGCAGUCUUGAAAAAGGCCUAUCACCCUCAAUGCAAACACUUAGCAACACCAGCAUUAUCGAUUCUUGCGACUUGUAAAUUUAUAAGUACAUAUAUACCAGAGAUUUAAAUCGGUUGCAUUCGAACAUAUUCGGAUGCUUCCACAACUAGUUCAAUCAAUUCGUUGAAAUUACCUUCAACUAUUCGUGUUCACGCAUGUCAGCUGGUUCAGAUUAAAAGCUGGCGUGCGAAUAGAAUAAUAAGUCACAAUUGUAAUCUAGUCAUCCACAUAUUACAUAGGCAUUUGUUAUGUUGUUUUUGUUAUAUUGUUUUAAUGAAUAUUAGUAGAAUAAUAUAGACGUUGAAAUAGAUUCAUAACUAAAAUGCCAAGUAACAAGUAAAACAAGUAAAAGAACAACUCUAGUAGUUGAAGUUUGACUCAAUUGUAAUUGUGUGUGUCUAGAAUAAUAAUAAUAAUCUGCGGGUAUAAAAUACUCGGUAUAAAAAUCAAAUCAUCUGCCAAAGACAAGGGA